GGGAGCUUCACCGGGAGGAGAGGAGAGGGGAAAAAAAGAAAGGAAGAGGGAAAAAGGAAGAAGGAGAAAGAGAGAGAGAGAGAAACAAAAAGGGCGGGGGUCUUUGCAUUGCACAAGAAGGAAUCCAGCCCGGGAUUCCUGGAAGGUGGGGCCACCAUGGUGAAGAUCUUUGUUGGGGGGCUUUCUCCUGUGGUCACCGCCGAAGAGCUGCGGAAGCUUUUUGAGCAGUACGGCCAAGUCAACGAGUGUGACAUUUUGAAGAAUUUUGCCUUCGUCCACAUGGAGAAGGAGGACGAGGCCCAUCAGGCCAUCAGCACCCUCCACAAGAGCGAGUUCUAUGGGACCCACCUGACGGUGGAGUACGCCACCUCCAAGAUCCGCAACGCCACCAAGAUCUACGUGGGGAACGUCUCGGCCAAAGCCACCACCGCCCAGAUCCGCCAACUCUUUGAGCGCUUUGGUAAAGUGGUGGAGUGCGACAUCGUCAAGAACUUCGCCUUCGUCCACAUGGCCAAAGAGCGGGAAGCCAUGGACGCCAUCUUGCACCUCAAUGACACCCCGCUGGAGGAUCAGAAAAUUUUUGUCACCCUCUCCAAGAGUAAUAGUUCCCUCCGGGCCACCAAAGGGGCCUCUGUGCCCACCCCGGCCACCCCGACGUCCAGCUACUACUUCUCCAGGGGACGCGUGCCCACUGCACCGGCCACCUAUUCGCCCUACUGUGCCCGUGGCUGGUAUGAUCGGGAGUAUUGUGAUCAGUACACGUACGAGCUCUACGACCGAGCACGAGCGGCGUAUGACCGAGCCCUACCCUCGGCCCCAGCUGCCUACAGAGAAAGGAGCCCUGUGGGGCGGAGGACAUCUACUACCCCUACUGCCGUAGUGGCCCAAUACACUGACCCCUAUGCUGCGGUGGCGGCUGCAGCGGCCGCUGCUGCGGCCAUGGCUGCAGCAAACCAGACAUACAGCCAAGCCUACAGCCAACCUGGGUAUGCCGCCGCUUCGGCUGCUGCAACGUACUCUCAGUACAGUCUAGGAACUGCCUACAAUGUGGCGGAGUACUAUGAGAGGUACGCCAGCGCUUAUGCUGACCAGUACGCCCAGACGUUCUGAGGGCGCUGCACCCUUCCAGUUGUAAGUGUCUAGAGAUGCUCCAUUGCAUGGGGGCCCAGGGAAGGGAGCCUGGGAGGUGGGAGGGACGUUCCUUUUUCUGCUCUCUCUGUCCCUGCGGGAAAAAAAUAAAAGACAGGACCAAAUUGAUAUGGCUGAUCUACAACAGAGUUCCCCAACCUUCCCGGCUUUGCGGACAAGCAGGAGGGGAACAGCGGGAUGGUUGCGUACAAGUGGCUGGCGAGCGCAUGGGCGUGAGUGAAAGAAUCUCCAUUUGUGGAAACGGCAAGCGCACAUGUCCGCCGCUCGGGCAAACGCAGCGAUGUGCAUUGUGCUUGCUUUCUGCUCACGCAAAUGGAGAUGCACGCACAUAGCCGCCUGCCACUUCCAUGGCCCGCUUCCAAACAAUUCAAGGCCCAGGAGUGGCCUGCGGCCUGGGAGUUGGGGACCUCUGAUCUAGGAGUCCCCCAAGGCAUUCGUGUCCAUCCGCCUUUCCUGGAGGUGGAAAACCAGUCUAGAACAGUGAUGGCAAACCUUUUUGGCACCAAACUGCCCAAAUUGGAAUGUGCGUAGAUGCGCACUGGAGCGCCAGACAUAUGAAGACCAACUGUAACCAUCAUAUCUGUAACCAUCAUAAAUACAGGCCAGAUGCCAAGUGCUGGGAUUUUGAUCACGUGACCAUGGCCAAGUGCCGUUGUAAUUUCGAACGAUCACUAAAGGAAUGGUUGUAAGCUGUGAGUACAGGUCCUAGCUGAGGAGCACUGUAGUUUAGCAGUUUCCAGAAGACCCUAGGUUCCCCCUCUUGUUCCCACCCCCCCAUGAUAUCCCACGGGUCCAAUUUGGGCACAUGUGUCAUAGGUUCGCCAUCAUGGGAGUAGAGUAGAGUUUGCUUCCAGACAGACAGUUGUGAUUUCUGGGGUCGACGCGGUCAUCUUGCGAUUCAUAUGUACCCCCUAAACUACGUAGA